UUUUGAAUCUGGGUAUUUCUGUUGGUAAAGUAUGCGUUUCCGCUCACAUCUGUGUAAAUUGUACAGUGACCCUUAAAAAUCACAGGACUGAAAAUCCUCUACAGGCAUGACAGGCCGAUAUACUGAUGAUAGAACACUCUGUUUACACAUGCACUUUCCUAUGGAGCCAGAGAGGGCCAGUGGUCCACUGAUUGCCAUUUACACAAGCACACACAAGUGUGGCAUCAUCAUCAGUACACAGAUCUAUAGGUGCAUGUACAAUGUAUGUACUGGUAUCCAAAGGGAGAGGGACAAAGUUCAUAUUCACAGACAAGUAUUUCUCAUCGCUGGGAUUUCCUGAAAGAGAAAUACAAGUACAUGGACUCGUAAUUCCCUGGGAAUAAAAUACUGUAAAUAGGCAACCGAUUGAAGCUGUGACAUUGUGAGAAUGAGAAAAACCCUCUCAAAAAGGAAGAGGUCAACUCAAGGCGGAAACCGGCAAAAAUCUUGUGCCAAGCACAGCUACAUCAUAGACUGCCAAGAGGCAAAUAUCUGAAGCUGCGGGGUAAGCACUGAUAAACAUGGAUGUCAAACCAGGCCACUGCUGGCGUUGUGAGAAAUCACUACCAGAGCACGCUGUGAGAUGUGAUCGUUGCCCAAAGGCCGUGUACUGCAGCGAUCCGUGCAAGAAACAUGACUGCGUCAGGCAUGGUGCCGUGGAAUGUCAGGUGUUUGGGCCCAAAAGUUGCAGUUAUUGCAAGAAAACGGGAGAUUUGAAACAGUGUUCAGGAUGCAACAAUGCCUGGUACUGUAAUGCCACAUGCCAAAGGAAGAACUGGGCAGCUCACAAGGCAGACUGCAAAGGCAUCCAGGAAAGGAUUACAGGUCUGUCUCAAAAACUGACUGAGCGGUACACCGAACUAGCAAAAAAUGACAUCACCCAAAUUUGUGAACAAAGCAUGGACAAUCCUUGUUACUUUGGCAGCACGAUGGCACGUGAUUUCCUUCAGCUUGAGCAGAAUGAAUGGGCAGAUGGAAUCAACGAAGAAGAGACAGCACGUGACUUCAACAUCCUCUCAGCAGGAUGUGAAGAUCUGCGAAAUACAGUGCUGACGGCUGCCUCAUUGCCUGCGAAGUACCAGGGAAAACUGUCAAUUGUGCUGAAUGACUGGGACCGUUACGUCAUGGCUAGGAAUGUCCUGUUCCUUUACAUGUUGAUUCAACAUUCAGACAGUGAUGGCAUUGCCACCAGCUUGGCCACAAUUUGGUAUUCUCUUCACAUCUCCAAGAGUGACUACGACCUGAUCAAGACCAGCCUGGAGAAACUCAUCCAAGCCGAUGCCGAGAGCCUUCAAGAAGCCACGAGAGGGUCCGUGCUCAUCAGCAACAAGGACCUCACUGAACUCCGUAAGGUCUGGCAAGGAUGGCGCUCCCUCCAGUGUGAUCGCACAAAAUGUUCCUCGAUUAAUCUCACAAAACAAAGACAGGCUGCCCUGGCACUGAAUCCCUUUCUUGACCACCAAUUAAGGCUCUACUAUCAAAGACUAUCUCCAAAUGAGGCCAUUUAUUUAAAGAAGUGGUUCCAACACGGCCUGUUUCUUCCCAGCAAUAGCUCUACUGGCAAUUUAUUAUUCAACAAUCCAACUCUUACAGGAAGAGACCUGCAAAUUGUGAGUGAAGGUAUAACAUCUCUGGAUUUUGUCUACUGUAUUUUUUAUAAUUUCACACCUUUCACAGCUUGGGACAGUUUGCAAGUCAAGAAGAGCGCAGGGGAGAACUUUUCUGUCAUCACCAUGUACCACGAGUACGUGGUCCAGCAGCUACAGAAAACAUUGACCCUCUUUGCUCAAGGCAGGCUCCACAUUCAUAUUCUGGUUUCCAAUUUCCUUGACAUCCCACAUCACCACCAAGCCCUCCAAAUGGCCAAGUUUGACAGAAUCUUCACAUCCAACCUUGCCGACUAUGUUGGCUUCCGCAAGCUUCUUCGAGUUCUCAGGUCACUGAUGAAUCCAAACAACAAGAAUGCUGCGCUUGUUACUGAGACAACAAAUUGGAUAUUAUAUCAUAUACCUGAGGCAAAUGUUUGUGAUGAACACUCGGGCAGAGACAUAAAAGAAUCAACCAAAGCAACGAUGCAGCUCUGCAAAGACGACACAGGGAAGGAGCUUUUAUGCCCCUUGGCUAUCACCAACCAGCUUGAGUACUUCAACAACACUCACUGGUUUCUGGCAUAUCUACGAGCAAACAUGAUGGCUGGCAGCUUACACAUCCCGGAGCUGGACCACAUCCCGUCUCUCAAGGAGGCCAUGAAGUGUGAGGGGCUGCAAAUGCGUGACUUCCGGAAGGAGAUCAACAGACUGGUGCCGUUUCAGUUUCGAGUGAAUGCCAGGAGCCUCACUUCACCGACUGGGGCUGAGAGAGCAGUUGAAUGGUACCUGCCCUCCGAUCCUAAGCAUCAGUAGCCGGUGGUGACUGGUGUGUAAAAUGCACUACAAAUUUUAAUCGUAACGGAACUUCAGGCUGUCAUUAAGAAGAAAAACAGUGACUGACAGAUGAGCAACAGCUGAGUGGCACAUGUACAUACCGUACAAGUAAACCUGGUUAUUAAUAAUUGAUGUAUUUCUUACAUACAGCAAUGGUGGUGGGAAAACAAGGCAUCUGCGAUACAUCUGAAGACACAUUUUAAAAAAUGUUUUUAAUAAAUACAUGAACCAAUAAGAAAAUUACAGUGUACAUGUACAUGCAUGUGGUUAAAAGUGUGCAUUUGUGAAUUUACUGUUGUAGUUACCAAAGAUGCCAACUGAAUUUUAGAUUGCUUGAUUGAGCUGUAACGUGUGGAUAUAAGAUUAAGUUGAGAGGACAAGAGAAGAAAAUGUGUAGAAAUUGUUCAAUUAGUUUAGGCAAUAAGUGAAAGUUUUGGAAAGUCAAAGUAAACUUUUUAAAAGGGCAUUUGCAUUUCGAUGUUAUAAAGGAAGUAAAAUUAAGGUUUUGCAAACAUAUAGAGUGCUUUUCACAAUCCUGUUCACCAGAAUCUCUCAAAUGGAUAUACGGGCAAGAAAUAACAAUAUUUUACCAUAUGACAUCAUAUAAAUCAAAAGAACAGAAAACAGGACAAAGGCGGAUCUAGAAAGUAAUUUUUUUUGGGGGGGGUGAUGUUUUCUUUGGGUGGUGGGUCAAAAAUUUGGAAAUUUUUUAUGAAACCUUUUAUGGCCUACUAGGGGCUGACGCCAAGUCUCGGGGCUUUAAACACGCUUUUGAAGGAAUGAAAAUGAAACGGUCUCAAAAAUUUCCUUUCUCCAUUUGCUUUUCAAAAGCAACAAAAUUUUGCUCCUUUUUGGGGGGGGAGGAGACUGCCUUGGUCCUCGUUGGCCCCCUCCUACUUGCUAAUGAGCGAGGGAAAAUUUUGAAUUG